AUGCUAUUAGUCGCAACACUUCUCAUCGUUCUUGGUACUAGUGCCUAUGGUCAACUUCAAUUGACAAUUCGUGACAAUGGAAAAUUGUGUUCCCCAUGGAUAGCGGUAGAUGGUGGUCAAGUAUCACUGUCAUAUACACAGAAUCAAGAAUGUGCCGGACAAGUUGGUUUUGAGCAGGACAAUAUGCGAGUUCGUCUCUGUUGUCAAGCAAUGGCUACAACUACAUCAUCACCUAUCUUUCCUCGUGAAUGUGGUAAACAACAAUAUCAACCAUCCAGACCACGUAUUGUUGGAGGAACACAUGCUCAUCCAAAUUCAUGGCCAUGGCAAGUGCGUAUACAAGCUGGUAAUGGUCUCUGUGGUGGAACUCUAAUUGAUACACGACAUGUUUUAACAGCAGCUCAUUGUUUUCAAACACCAAUUGUUAUACAAAAUCAUAUGGUCUAUGUUGGUUUGCAUGAUAUUAAUCAACCAGUCUAUAGUGAACAGAAAAUUGUUGCAGAACGAAUUUUUAUGCAUGAACAGUACAAUGCAGAGACAAGCGAAAAUGAUGUUGCUAUUAUUCGUCUUUCAAGACCAGUGACAAUUUCAGACAAGAUCAAUAUUAUCUGUUUACCAGGUCCUGAAGCACACAAUGAGAAUGAAACAGUUUGGGUUGCUGGUUGGGGUACAACAUCAUUUCAAGGUCAAGUAAGUCCAGUUUUGAAACAAGCAGCAUUGCACACAAUGCCAGCACGUUGUGGAAGAAUCUUUCCAUCUUAUGAUAAUCAAAAACAAAUGUGUGCUGGUGCUCACGGCGGAGGACAUGAUACAUGUCAAGGUGAUUCAGGAGGACCAUUGAUGUACGAAUCAAAUGGACGAUGGUUUUUGAACGGUGUUGUUAGUUAUGGCCAUGAAUGUGCUCUAGAUGGAUAUCCUGGUGUUUAUGCUCGUGUUAGCUAUUAUCUUCCAUGGAUCAGAAGUAAAAUGAGUGCAGCUUAG